AGUAAGUUGCAGCGUGGGACAAACAUGGCAGCUUCCAUAUCACAGCAGCUCGAGGAUUUGUUAAAUCCUUUACCACACUUCGUGGACCCCGAGGACGACCAAGAUGAAGACACCAAAGCCAAAGUCAUAGAGAAAUUUGAUGAAGGAGGUGAUGAGGACGAUGAAGAACUUUUACCUGGUCAUCUGCGGAAACACUCUGGAGCCAUUCUGGCUGAUGGUGACCAACGAUAUCGUGGAAAGGCAACAUCCAGAAAAGACCUACAGAAAGAGUUAGAUGGAUCAGCAGAUGAAGAUGAUGAUGAUGGGGAUGAUGAAGAUGGAAGUGGAAUGCUGGAAAAGUACAUGGAACACAUGCAAGAUGAUGAUGAUGAUGAUGAUGAUGACGAAGAAGAUGAUGAAGAAGAGCAUCAAGAUGAUGAUGACGAGGAUCUCAUUGGAGAUGAUGGUUCACAGAUGUCCAGCUUGGUCUCUAAAAUGAAGGGCACAGAUUUUAUGAAACUCACAGAGGGAAUGGAUGACCUGGGAGACAGUGAUGAAGAGGAGGACACUGCUGAAAGUGAAGAAGAGGAAGGAGAGGGUGAUGAAGGCUCAGAGGAGGAGAUGGAAGAAGAGGAGGAAUCAGGCUUGAGGACCUUCUCAAAAGAGAAAGUCGAUGAAGAGGUUGAAAAAGGGAGAGCUGUGAAAAAUCAGCUUGCUCUUUGGGACCUGAUGCUUGAAAGGCGGAUCAAAAUGCAGAAAGCUCUUGUGACAGCCAAUCAGCUUCCACAACCACAAACAUUCUCGGAGUUCAAGAGCAGGGGAGGGGGUGAAUAUGCUGAUGCUUUGAAAAAUAGUCAUAAAGCUCUGAAGGCUCUACAGAGGUCUCUGCUGGAACUUCAAGAUCUGCUGCUCCACCAAAAUAAGGAAACAAGAGCCAUCUCUCAGGGCAAAACAUGGGGAGAUAGCAGUGCUAAAGAUGAUGAUGAAGAGAUUAAUAGUGAAGAUGAUAUGGAUGAAAAUGAAGGUGAUGACCAAGAGGUAGAACAGAAAGCAGCUCGAAACGGACCUCCCAAACGAAAACUGGAAAUGACAGAUUAUCCAAACUUUAUGGCCAAACGCUUUGCUGCAUUUCAACCAUAUCGUGAUGCCACUCUGCAGAAAUGGUACGACAAGACACGGCUAACAACAGGGAAGAACAAUAAGGGUUUUGGAGCAUUUGACAGAAACAUACUGACGCAGGUGGAGCAGGUUUUAAUGGACAAAGAGAGGCUGGUGAGGCGUACACAGACGCGCAGGUCUGAAUACAGAAUCCUGGGAAAACCAGAGCCCGUCACUCCUGAAAUAGACAACACCAUCACAGAAGGAGAGGCGGCUGAACUAGCAGUAAAAGCCAACAUGCACCUCAAAGAUCUGGACGAGGACAUUUUUGAUGAUGAUGAUUUUUAUCAUCAGCUUCUCAGAGAGCUUAUUGAGCGCAAAACAAGUGCAACAGACCCCAAUGAUCAAGUGGCCAUGGGAAAGCAGUGGCUUGCUAUCCAGAAACUGCGUAGUAAAAUCAAGAAGAAGGUGGACACCAAAGCCAGCAAAGGCAGAAAGAUCAGGUUUCACGUUCACAGUAAGCUGAUGAAUUUUAUGGCUCCUAUGGACAACAGCAGCAUGAGCGAUGAUGCACGGUCUGAGCUGUUUCGUUCCUUGUUUGCAAAUGGUCCAGUGACAACACACUGACGGAAACAUCUGUCUUAACAUGCUUAUACCCCGGGUGUGUGUGUACUACAGAUGUCCACACACGCGCACACACUUUUCUGCUGCUCCUGCAGGUGGAAUCCUUCAGGAGCCCAAACCUAGUUCCUCCUUUAAAUGACUUGCUGUAAAUGAAACAGUUGUUUUGAUUUGUAAAAUGACACAUUUUAGUGCCUCUUUAAAAUAAUUAAAAAUAAAAUUGUCAAUGUCUUAAUUGUACUCUUAGUACAUGAUCAAAUCUAGUGAAAGUGAUAUCUACCUCUUAAUGAAUUCCCCUGUCUGGAAGCGUUCUGUAAUGUUAUCUGAUCAGUGGUAUCAGAGGAACCUUCACCUUCAAUUAUCUGCUUAAGUUUUCAUUAUUGUGUCUGUCAUAAUUCUAAUUGGCUAUUGAGUUGGCAUGAUUCAAUUUGGUCGUUGGUGGGUAGAAGGAGUAUAUAGACUGAGAAAGCCACUCAGAGGGGGCUGAAUGAGAGAAUUAUUGGAGAAUUGAUAAAUCAAUGAAAGCGUGUUCCUGGAUCAUUCUGUCUGCCAUUUGAUUUCUCUUAGUACGAAGAUGAGCACUGAUUAUCUUUUGGUAGAAUAAAGGCUUCAAACCCUUCAGGAUUUUAUCUCAAGCAACAAGCGUUCUGAUUUGUUGAAAUGAACAUGGUUUUCACAUGGUAGCCCUUUAUUAAUAGCAAAUAUUUAGAUUUUUAUGUACGUAUUUGCAGUCUCCUCGACCUAUUUACUAAAUUAAAUUGUGAAAGGAUGGCAAACAAUAAAAAAAACAAAACAAUCUGCUUUAAUUCACCUCCCUGGGAGAUCUUUUACGGUGUGUUUCCACAACCCUGUCAAAUCUGUGCUCAGUGCUGCUGCCAAUGCUACAAGCCCACUGCUCUGGAAUGUGUCAACUUUAAGUCUGAGCGCUUCUGUUUUUACCCAGGUGGGUGACAGCGUGUACAUUUAUCACACAUGCAAGAAAUAAUCAAUGCAUAAACAGACAUACAUGGCUCAAGACGUUUGUGUGAACAACGUGUGAAAGAAAUGGGAUGCUCAUUUCGGUUAAUUUUGCCGACCGGCAACCGAAUAUUAACCGUUAAUUGGUCAGAUUAAUAUUACAAUAUUAUUUAUUAAUAAUAAUAAAAAAAGGAAAUGAAUUGACGUGUCUAUUUUGUGUCCGACACAUUAAAUACUGCAUCUUAAAAUACUGAUUUAUUUUAACAUGCGAACAACAGCAUACAGAACAUCUUCACGCACCAGCAGCGUUUCCAACAGCAUAGAAAAAAAAAGAAUAAAAUAACCAACACAAUCUCACGGCAAUUCGUAACUUUUUUUAGUGGCUAAUUCGUACAAUUUAGUACGAUUUGCUCAUCCUCCAAUGACGGUUGGGUUUAGGGGCGGGGUUAGGUGCCACGCCUCCUUUUUAAAAUCGUACCAUUUCGUACGACUGAACUCAUACGAAUUCGUACGAAUUAGCCACUAAACUGUCAAAACGUAAAAUACUUACAUUUUCUCGUGAGAUCAGGCUGAAAUAACCGAAUCGAAAACGAUUCCCGCGCCGCUCUGCUGCCGGUGUGAAUCCCGGUUGUUUAGUCAUGGUACAGUCUAUGUGCUGUGAAACCGAGGUGUAACUUUUAUGCAG